CACCAUUUUUAUAAAUUUUUCCGACACACUUAUGACCAUCUGUCCCGAAUUCCUAGCCAUCAGGCUUGAAAAAUUUGCCAUAAAAUCCAAAAGUCUCUUCAUAGACCAAUCUAUUCAAACCAGUCUCUUCGCAGCCUUUGUUCGAGUCAGCUCCUUGAACCCAAGCCUUCAGCUAGGCUUUUCCCCUUGGCACAGAUAACAAUGAGCGUUGAAGUUAUCAAGGAGGCAAUUUAAACACUUUAGUCUAUAAAAAUAGAAGAAAUUUGGCAAAAACCAGAAAUUAGGCGAGGAAAAUGGAAAUUGAAGGAAUUUAAAAUUUAAAUAAAUUUAUCGGUGAGCACAGUCUGAUAAAUUUUUGUAAUAGGGCUGAGAUUUAUUUUGGGCAAGAAUUUUCGGAUAUUUAGAAUACACUGAGUGAUUGGCAUUAUUGAUUUGUGGCCUUGAGUAGUAGUUGAAUCCUUUAAAUGUUAGAGUUGAUUCAAUUGAAAAGAUUUUACAGAAAGGAGUAAUCGUAAGAUUAUUGAAAAUAUCUCCCAAAUAGCCAGAUCUCCUCCAGGGAUUUCAAGAGCUUAAGCUCUUAACAGUUUGGACAGGGUUAUUUCAUAGAUUCGUUUCUUG